UAUAUAUAUAAAAAAAUAAUAAAAGGUAACAAAGAAGAAAGUGAAAGCUUCAUUCAACUGUAAACAAUGACAAAUUUGGCUGGAAAAAUUUCAUUUUGAAGCCAAAUCCACUAAUCGAUUUCUCGAAUGCUCGCCAAGGAGAAGUUUCCUUUAAUUCGAAAAUUUGUCAUUGAUUGAAUGCAAUUGCCCAGUUAGAGAAACAUUUUAAAUUCAUACAUUUACCCAGUCGAUUUCAUACUUGCGGCUCCAAGAUUUUUUUGAUAAAGUCUUUCUGGAGUCAUACCCAAACUUAAAGAAAAUGAGUCUCGAAAACGAAGACUUGUCAAAUGAAGAAGAACAGGAGCAAGUGUUUGUGAAAAAAUCGGAGAAACAAAAGUCUGCUGAAAGUGGUGGGAAAAUAUUAUGGAGAGGAACAAAUGCCAUGAUGACAUUAUUUUUCGUAAUGGCUUCUGGAGUUCAGUUCAAUGACCCGGAUCCUUUUCUGUGGGUGCCUCUCUAUGGAAUAGCAGCUAUUUUGACGAUAAGUGUGACUAUUCGUCCGAAUAUUACUGCUUCCAGAAUUUGGCGUUACAUGUAUUGGAUCCAUGCUGCUUUUUGCAUUGGAAUGCUUAUCUAUGUUUUGGUGGCAUUGAUUCUGGUAGCUACAAAUCCUAAAUCAGAUGGUUCUCUUAAUCCUCUCACUUACGAAGAAGGACGGGAGAUGGCAGGAAUCAUGAUAACUUCUGUUUGGCUGUUUACGUGCAAACAAUCUCCUACUAUCAGCUAUGAUUCACCAACAAAAUUGAGUAAAAAGGAAAACAUGGUGGCAGUAGCUGUUCUCUUUCUCAGUCUUCUUCCUUUGCUUUUGUGGUCAUUGUGUUACUCGGAUAUAAUGAGUUCAAGCUAUAUAUCUUUAUGUAGCGACUUUUUUCCCGAGGAAUUUUCAUUUUAGCCUCAUUAUUUAAGAAUGAACAUCAAUUUAUAAUUCACUGCAAGAGCAACCUUCAAAAAUUAGCUGUGUAGAAUUUUCCGGAAAGAAAGAAGAAAUCGACAAAAUAU